UGCCGGGCGGAGCUUCUGUCACUGAGACGAACUGACAGAAAAUCAUAACAAGAGCCGGAGUGGGGCUGGUGGGUGGGGGGAGAGAGGAGCCUGAGUGUCCCGGGAUCCACUGGGGGAGCUGAGACCCUCGACUGCCGGCACAACUCCUCGCACGAUCCAAGCCGUCGCUGAAACGCCGUUUAAGUAAACGUAAAAGUCUCCUCUGUGGCCCCGGAAAUCACACGUUCCUAUUGGACGAUUAGAACCCAAACUAAUGCGGCUCUUCUAGGGGAACGUCAGUUAAUUAUCCUUUUUUUUAUAAAGAUCCCAUGUUAUUAAAUGUUAUCGACGCGGUCUCUUUAAACUCAAGACCAUAACUUUUUUUUUUCCUAUAUCGACCAUAAUCUCAAGAAUUUAUCCUGAAAAUCAGGGCGGGACGGAGACAAGCCAUACGGAGAAAAGAGGUUGCCUUGAUGAUGAUGAAAUAACUUACCCUUUAAUUGAAUGUAAACACUGUAAUAUAUCGAACAUUUGGAAUAAUAUAUAUAUAUAUAUAUACUAUUUGCAUUUUUUUGGCCAGAAAUAAAAAAAAAAGUCAGGGUAAUAUAUCGACACAAACCGGAAUAAUAUAUAAACUUUUUGCAUUUUUUUUUUGGCCUGAAAUAAAAAAAAAAGUCAGGGUAAUAUACAUUUGGAAUAAUAUAUAAAAUUUUUGUAUUUUCUUUGGCCAGAAAUAAAAAAAAGUCUGGGCUUUUUUUUAAAAUUUUUUUUAUGGCUGUCUGAAUAUUUGUAAGCGGAGAGGGAGCCUAGGCAUCAUUACAAGGGUGUUUUUUUUUUUUUUUAAAUAAUUGCAAUGGAGUUGCCUUUAAAUGGUUCCAACAUGGACCUCUCGGAGGAAAACCGUUUCCCCCCGUCCGGCAAAUUAGAAAAGUGUGAGGUUCUGGAGGUGCAGAAGGAACCCGGUGACAAUGAGGAGGUCCCAGCACCAGAGAUUAAGAUGGAGAAGAAUGAAGAGGACAUGGGCUCAGAGUCAUGGGCUCAGAGUCAGGAGACCAGUGGUCCUUGUGGAUCCUCAGUCGCCCAAAGUUCAACAGAAUCGGAGGCAGCACAGUUGGACUCUGCUCCGGUAUCAAGCAGGGUCACUGACCCCUCAGAGUCUGUAGAUUCCCAGAAUAAGGAGAGCGGUGAAGAACCUUCAGAGGUCAACCCGUCACUGCAGAACCUCCUGAGCUCCAGCGCCAGCCCAUCGGAAGAGGCUUUGGAGGCGGGUCCUUCCGGAUGCCCUGGCACCGACCCGUCGGCCGAUUACUACUUUGUCAAGUGGAUCAACUGGAAAGGGGAGAGGACGCCCAUCAUUACCCAAAGUGAGAAUGGACCUUGUCCUCUGCUGGCCAUCAUGAACAUCCUCUUUCUACGCUGGAAGGUAAAAUUACCUCCUCAGAAAGAAGUCGUUACAUCGGAGGAGCUGAUGGCCCAUUUAGGAGACUGCAUCCUCUCUAUUCAGCCGCAGGAGAAUUCCGAAGCUCUGCAGCUCAACUUCCAGCAGAACGUCAAUGAUGCAAUGACUGUGCUGCCCAAGCUCUCCACCGGUCUGGAUGUCAAUGUGCGAUUUACUGGUGUAGGGGACUUUGAGUACACCCCCGAGUGCAUCGUAUUCGACCUGCUCAAUAUUCCAUUGUACCACGGCUGGUUGGUGGAUCCACAGAGUGCAGAAUCAGUCCAGGCUGUGGGGAAGCUCAGUUACAAUCAGCUGGUGGAGAAGAUCAUAACUUGCAAACAUUCAAAUGACAGCAGUCUUGUUGCAGAAGGUCUCAUAGCAGAGCUGUUUCUGGAAUCUUCCGCGGCCCAGCUGACCUAUCACGGCCUGUGUGAGCUGAUGGCAGCGGUGAAGGAGGGGGAAGUGAGCGUCUUCUUCAGAAACAACCAUUUCAGCACUCUCAUUAAGCACAAGGGGCACCUCUACCUGCUGGUGACUGACCAAGGCUUCCUGAAUGAGGAGAAGGUGAUCUGGGAGAGUCUGCACAAUGUGGAAGGAGACAGCUGCUUCUGUGACUCGGAUUUCCACCUGACGCAGCAGCUGGAGAAGGAAUUCAGUAGCCCCCAACAACUGCAGCACAGACAGGUGGAUCAGGAUUACAUGAUUGCCUUAUCACUGCAGCAGCAACAGCAGGGACCACUAGCCAUGAGCGAUCUGGAGCUGGCCCAGCAACUGCAACAGGAGGAAUAUCAGCAGCAGCAGCAGCAGCCGCCCCCUCCUCAGCAGGCCACGCCCCAGCAGGCUCGGGCACAGACUUCGGGGCGCUCCUCUGGGGAACGGCGUCAGCGGCAGAAGCCAGAUUCCGACUGCACUCUCCUCUAGCCCAUUUACUGCACUGGAAAAUGGCAGACACACCGUAGGGGGUCCUCAAAUCACUGCUUUUGCUGGUUUACAGCCGACCCUCCGACCCCGCUCAGUGCCAGUAUCCAUGGCAACUAAAGACAACACCACCUCGGCGUGGGGGGGAGCAUUCUCUGUACCAAGGGUGGAAUUUCCAACACCUGCCCCACCCCCUUUGUAUUUUUGUAAAUCGGUAGCGACCUUUUUUGUGACCAAAAAAAACCCCCUGAUCGUUAGGUGUGACGUUGUGAGCGAUCUUUUCUUGUGGCGGCGGCGUUUUCUAUCUCUCCCGCGGUAUUUACCACUGAUCUAGAUCUUUCUGUUUCUGAUUAAAGGGCUAGAGAACAGCCGGACUGGCUACUGACGUUUCUCUUUAUCCAACUGCGUGCGGGAAAUAUGCGCUCCACUUUACGCUCUUUUUAGCAGCUCCAAUUCCUUUAUAAGCCAAUGGAAACCGUUUUGCACCUUAUGCUUAGAAAAAAAAAAGUAUCUCAUUUUUGAUAAUGACGUGAUUUCCCCCCCCCCAAAUUUGUUGGGUUAAUCGAAAAUUUGUCACGCUCACAAUUAGGCACAUUUAUCCGCCACUUGCAUACAUAGAGGUUUUACAUGUUAUUCAUCUGCAGCUUUUAGUUCAAGGGGAAGUAAACUGUCACUCAGCUCUUCUGCAAUGAAUGUCCUGUUUGGGGGUGUGACUGUACCCCUUAAUACCCAAUGGCGGGUGUUAGUGGGCUCUAGGCUUGGAAGUGUCUAUAGAUGAUCCUCCUCUGUCCCAUGUGCAGACAGUUACUGCCUCCAUUAUUCACGUGACCAGCAAUAGUUGUCUAUCAUCAGGCAUUGCCAAGGUUCCUUUCCUCAAAUACUGACACAUUCUCUCUGUUAAAUAAAGCAUUUUACCUCUCACUCA